CGACAUUUCGCAGGCGGAAGUGSUCGAAGCAGCCAGCGCGAAUUAACCCGUUUGUCAAAGUUGAUGUGCUUCUGAACAUUAAAUGAAACUACRCUCGUCUACAGAGCAGAGUCAGCUUCUGUCCGACAUUUUACGAGUAAAAUAAGAUUGGCCGAGCUAAUGGAUGGUGACCUGGAAGAUGGAGAAAUCUCCGAGUCCAGCUUGGACAAUGAGAUGGGAAUUGGCGCAGCGGAACGAGCCCUAGCUCCAGCCCAACACUCGGCGUGCAGCGGGGGGUCCUUGCAGCACCGAGCCACCGCGUACCGGAGCUCGUCCAAGGCGGUGGAGUCCAGCGACAGUGGCUCGGACACUUCAGACGAGGAGGCGGCUGUGUGGCGCCGGAAGCGCCAGAAAGUGUCCAACGUUCCGCCGCCUCCCGCUCGGCUGCUGCCUCCGUCGGUGCCCGCCCCCUCCGGCGGCGCACCUGGGAGCCGCAAGGUGAACAACAUCUGGGGCUCCGUGGUCCAGGAGCAGUGCCAGGAUGCAGUGACCGCAGAGCUGGGCAUAUUCGGCAUGGAGGGGGUCGACAUGUCCAGCAGGAGCGUGGAGACCUAUAACUUCGUCCUGGCCCGGAAGAUGAUGGAGAAAGAGAGGGAGCUAGAGAAGCAGUCCAAGCAGGAGCAGGAAGUAAGCUCGCUGGACACYGAACUGGAGGACUACAUGAAGGGUCAGGGGUCAGAGGACCGGUCAGGGGGGAGUUACAAGAGAAAACGGCCAGCCAAAGAGAGACUAGGCCCUCGAGCUGAGAUGGACGUGAAGGGUCGGUACGAAAUCACAGAAGACGACCCUGACGAGAAGGUGACCGAUGAGAUCGCCUACAGACUGCAGGAGCCUAAAAAAGAGCUGAUUGAGCGCGUUAUCAAAGUUGUAGGGAAGAAAACGGCCAUCGAGCUUCUGGGAGAGACCGCCACCCUCGAGGAGAACGGCGGCAUGUACACCAUGGACGGCAGCAGGCGGCGGACUCCGGGCGGAGUCUUCCUCAGCCUGCUGAAGAACGCCCCCGGCAUCUCCAAGACCCAGAUCAAGAAGAUCUUCUUCGAGGAGCAGCAGAAGGACUACAAAAGCAAGAAGGCCGCGCAGAAGAGGAGGCGGCACGUGCUGGCGAAGAAGAUGAAGCAGGCCAUCGGCACACUGAACCUGCAGGAGCACGACGACGUCUCCAGGGAGACGUUCGCCAGUGACACRAACGAGGCCUUGGAGUCGCUGGAGGAGCCUGCAGAGGGGGAAGAGGAGGAGGCAGAGGAAUGUGCUGUGGGCACAGAAGACACAGCAGUUGUCUAUAACUCCGCAGACCUGGAGGUCUUCUGAAAGUCACCUUCUGAUAAGAGAUGAAAAUGGCACUAUAACAUUUCUCCUUUUUUUUCUUGUUUUUUUUUCAACCUUUAAAAUAAAAUCACUGUCAGUGCUAAGAAAUGAAAUUUAUGUGUUCAAGGAUUUUGUUGCUUAUCUUUACAUAUUAAAUUCCUCAUACCUUC